GAGACGCAACCGCUUCUUGUCCCUUUCUUUCCCUCACAUAUAAAUACCGUUCCCUUGCGCUUCUUAGUUACUUAGUUCCCUCCUCUUUCUUUCUUCACGCCAAAUAACGAAAAACCAAAAACCCCAAAUAAAAUUUCCAUUGUUAGAUCGAAUACACAAACCCUACUUGUAAAUCUUUAAUUUUCUUAUUUUUUUCCUUAGUUUUUUUGCUUGAGAGAAUAGUAAUGGCGGUUCCUGCUACAGCCAACGCAACUUCAGUGCUUACUACGCCCGCUGCACCUGUUGCUUCUGUGACUGGUGGUGGGCCGUUUGUGAAUGCGUCUCUCUACGUGGGAGAUCUGGAGCAUAAUGUGAAUGAGGGCCAAUUGUAUGACCUGUUUAGCCAGAUUGCUCAGGUCGUGUCUGUUAGAGUUUGUAGGGAUCAGGCAAAGCGAUCCUCACUUGGUUAUGCUUAUGUCAAUUUCAGUAAUCCACAAGACGCUGCAAAUGCGAUGGAGGCUCUGAAUUCUACUCCUUUGAAUGGGAAACCUAUCAGGAUUAUGUUUUCUCAUCGAGAUCCUAGUAUUAGAAAAAGUGGAUAUGCCAAUGUUUUCAUCAAAAAUCUGGACACGUCACUUGAUAACAAGGCGUUGCAUGACAUUUUUGCUGCCUUUGGGACUGUCCUUUCUUGCAAGGUAGCUGUUGAUAACAACGGUCAAUCAAAAGGAUAUGGUUUUGUACAGUUUGAAAAUGAGGAUGCUGCACAGAGUGCAAUCAAACGGUUGAAUGGUAUGUUGAUAAAUGAUAAACAAGUUUAUGUUGGACUUUUUGUUCGACAUCAAGAAAGGAUUCGGGCUAAUGGAUCACCAAAGUUUACUAAUGUUUAUGUUAAAAACUUGUCUGACACAACAACUGAUGAGGACCUUAAGAAAAUUUUUGGCGCUUAUGGUACCAUCACCAGUGCAGUUGUUAUGAAGGACCAAAAUGGGAAAUCCAGGUGUUUUGGUUUUGUGAACUUUCAGAACCCAGAUGCUGCUGCUGCAGCUGCUGAGAAGCUGAAUGGGGCUACCAUCAAUAAUGACAAAGCUUGGUAUGUUGGUAGGGCCCAAAGUAAAGCAGAAAGGGCAUCAGAGUUGAAAACCAAGUUUGAGCAGGAAAGAAUUAGUAGAUAUGAAAAACCAAGAGGUGCAAAUUUAUAUCUGAAAAAUCUUGAUGAGAACAUUAAAGAUGAAAAGCUGAAGGAAUUAUUUUCUGAGUUUGGGUCUAUAACAUCAUGCAAGGUCAUGCUUGAUCACCAAGGGCUGAGUAAGGGCUCUGGUUUUGUUGCCUUUUCUACACCUGAGGAAGCUUCAAGAGCUUUGAUUGAAAUGAAUGGAAAGAUGAUUGGAAGGAAACCCCUUUAUGUUGCUGUUGCCCAACGCAAAGAAGAAAGGCAGGCUCAACUACAGGCACAUUUUACUCAAAUUCGAGCUACUGGAGGAAUGUCACCUUUGCCUUCUGGAAUUCCUGGAUACCAUCCAGGGGCACCACAGCAGCUUUACUUUGGUCAAGGGACUCCUGGUAUGAUACCUGCUCAGCAUGCAGGAUAUGGCUUCCAGCAACUCAUGCCUGGAGUGCGCCCUGGUUUUGCUUCAAACUUUAUCAUGCCAUAUCACCUUCAAAGACAGGGACAACCUGGGCCGCGGAUGGGAACACGUCGUGGUGGGAACCCCCACCAGAUGCGGCGGCAGCAGCUAUUGCACAUGGGAAACAAUCCAGGCUACAUGGGAAAUGCAAGAAAUGGCAUAGACUCAUUUUCUGUUCCACAAGGCCUAGUGGGUCCUAUGAUGCCAUUGCCCUUUGGGGUCUCCGGAAAUCCUAUUGAUAUUCAGCAACCGGUUAUCAUCUCAACUCUUGCAUCUGCUUUGGCUUCUGCUUCCCCAUGGACGCGUAAUGAGAUGCUUGGUGGCCAUCUUUAUCCGCUUGUGGAGCGUCUUCAGCCAGAUCAUGUGGCGAAGGUGACUGGGAUGUUAUUGGAGAUGGAUCAAACAGAGGUGCUACAUCUCAUCGAGUCCCCAGAUGCUCUGAAAAAGAAGGUGGCUGAAGCAAUGCAAGUCCUCCGAGAAGCUGCUGAAUGAAGUCCUCCAUAGCCGCCUUAUUUAUGGUUAUUAGUAUUUAUUUUGUUGGUGUUUAUGAGCGCUCACAUUUUAGUAGGGCUUGAUGAGCAGUAAUUUAUUUUGGUGGUGUCAUCUUAAAUUAGUUUUCUAAGAUCAAUUUUGUUUAUUAAGAUUGAAAAGAUUUGUUUUUAGGCUUUUUGUUGGUA